GCGCUGAGGUGGGUGAGGGGAUGUUGGGAACGGCCUCCGCCGGGUGGGUCCUGUGGGGCGGUGCUGAGCCGGCGUUUGUGCUGCACCGCCCCUCAGGGCCUGCCUGGCUCAAGCCCCUCCUAAUCGCCUGGGCUUGCUCACACCCUACUGUCCCAUUCCCUUCACAGCGCCAUGAGGCUCCCUCUUUGCGCAGUGGUGCUCUGUGGGCUCCUGGGGGUCUUCCGUUAUGGUGAUGCCUCAGGUCUUCUUGAGCUGUCCUUGGGAAAAUUCAGAAAUGUGCUACUUAACCAGACCAAUCCAGUGGAAGCUGUAAUCAGGAACAUUGCAAGCAACGUGACUGUUGUUAUUUUUCAAGUACAUGCCCAGCAAAGCAAUGUGGUGAUAUCCUUUGAUAAGAAUCCAUCUGUGAACAGCUCAGGAACUGGAGUAGACAAAGGACUGGUUUCCAUCCUUCGGCCUCAGCAGACCGUAUGUACGUGGUACCUUCGGUCUCUGGAUGCUAGCCAGGUGCUCAGCACAGCUAUCUCUAUUCCCUAUAUGGAGAAAGAUCCUAUUCCUGGAGGCUGCAAUCUAGAGUUUGACUUGGAAGUGGAUCCAAAUAUUUACCUAGACUAUACAUUGGUUGAUACACACAUCAAGUUUGCCCCUGCAAACUUGGGAUAUAACAGAGGAGCAAACCCACCAUCCUGUGAUUCAGGGACUGGUCAGAACUCCAGAUGGCGGCUGCACUAUGAUGUCUACCAGUACUUCUUACCAGAGAAUGAUCUUUCUGAGAUGGUACUCAUGAGCCACAUACGGAAGAUGUCUGAGGUGCGAAGUAUCAAAGCCAAUGGCAUUAAAAUGCUUACACUGACAACUGAUGACAAGACCAAUGUCUACUUUUCCUCACUUCCUGGACAAGGUGUGAUCUACAACGUCAUAGUAUGGGAUCCUCUUUGGAAUACUUCUGCUGCAUACAUACCUGUGCAUACAUAUGCCUGCAGCUUUGCUGACCUAGUGGAUAGCUGCUCUUCUCUUAGUAAACUCUCUACCAAAGUAUUCUUUACUACUUUUGCUGCCCUUGGUCUUUUCACUUGCUUUUUUGGACACAGAUUCUGGAAAACAGACUUGUUCUUCAUGGGCUUCAUAUUCACAGCCUUCUUCUUCUUUGUAUUCAUCACACGAGUAACUGGCCUUGGUUAUGAUGUGCGUCUUAUUUUGACAGCAGUAGCUGGAAUUAUUGGAGGGCUCCUCUUGGUUGUGAGCUGGUGGAGAUUUGGCUCGAUCAUACUCUGCAUGUUUAUUAUUGGACUUGUGCUGGGAUUUCUCUUUUCAUCAACAGUCUUCUUUACCCCACUAGGAGACUACAGGGUCUUCCGUGACGAUGUGGUGUUCUGGGUGACCUUUUCAUCUAUAGCCUUGCUGAUUCCAGUGCUUUUUGUUGGCUGUCCAAGAAUUCUGAACAUACUGGCCUCUGGAAUAGUAGGCUCUUAUGCAGUGAUCCUAGCUAUUGCUUGUUACAUCUACACAAGCCUUGCUUACAUCACCUUAGACCUGCUCAGAAGGGUCCUCAAUGAUUACUUCAGCAGAGCUUACACCAAUGUGCCUUUUCAAACAAAUGACUUCAUUAGCCUCUCAGUGUGGACAAUGCUGGCCCUCAGUGGAAUAACUGUGCAGCUUCGCCGAGAGAGAAGUGAAGUGCCCUUCCCACCACACCCAUAUCUUGCCUGGAAGCGGGAAAGGGAGCGCAGAAGCACCAAUGUCUUAGACCCUAGCCAUCAUAUCCCUCCCCUGAGAGAGAGGAUCCAUAACAAGCUGCUGCAUAUCAAAGAGUUUUUUCAGAAAGAGCAGCCAGCUGGGGAGAGAACUCCUUUGCUUUUGUAACCUGCCAAAUAACUAGUGGGAACAGAGGAAGAAUCUAGAAAUGGCAACAUGAGUGAUCAUCAGCAAACCAGGCAGUGAUGCAGGAUUACCACUGCCAGUUUGCCCUGCUUAAUUUAACAAUGAUCGUAUUUGCCCAACCUGGAAGAAAAGUUAUCUGUUGGUACACUACAUGCUGUUUUGUGACUCCUUCCUCAAUGGCCCACUCAGCCUGCUGUAACGUGUAUGUCUAGCUGCAGAAUCUUGUACUAAUGGUCAAGUACAGGUAUUUAUCCUGUGGUGAUCUAGUUUGAUGGUUAGGUAUGGGAAAUACAAAGCAACUCUUAGAAAGCAACCGGUACAGUUCUGGUUCUUAUCUUACAGUGUGGAAAACCACUGCUGAAAUACUGCCUGACUGGCUCCUUAAAGUGGACAGUCUCUCAAAUUGUGAGGCAUGAAAGAUGAGGACCGCACACAGAAGUUCUUCUAGCAGGGACUGAAGUAUCACCACCUAAUAUAGGUACAGAAUGUGUGGCUGCAGACACAGUUGUUUCCAAGAAGUGUUAUUGUACUUUGCAAGCUAAACUGAGUGACUUGAAUUUAAACUGCACUGAAUUAACUGUUGUAAAUGUGCACACUGGGGCUCAGGAAGUGGACCUGAUCUGAGAUAAGAAGACUUUCUUUCUUUCAGCUGGUUCUGUAGCAAGCUGGUCAUCUGUGCAGAGAUGACUGUUAAGAGGACACAAGAGGUUUGCCUCCUUGUUUGCUUUCUGAAUAGCUUUUGUCUUUUUUCUGCUCUUGUAUAUUUUCUUUUUCUUUUUUUGGUGGUGCUGUCAUAAAAGAAAAAGCUAAAUAAGCUCUUCGUAGCCAACAGCAGUUCUGGUUUGGGUUUUUUUUUCCCUGCAAUUGACUGAAACACUAGUUUUAUUUUUAAUCAAUUUAUCUUUUAAUUCUGCCAUUAAGGGGUGAAAACCAGCAUCCAGCUAGCGAAAUCCUGACCAGGAUCCAUACUGACUAUGUUCCUUACCACUUUGGAUUGCAUCUGUUCAAAAUGGAAUGUAGUAUAAAACUGGAUAAGGGUGGAUGGUUGUGAUAUUGUGUGGUGGCUUUAUUGACUUCCUUAAAACCAAACCGAACAGCCAUAUUCAAAAUGCAGACCGGAGCAUUGUGGUUUUGGCUCACAUAAAUGCACAAGCAGUCCUGAGGCUGUCCUUGGUUUUACCUGCCUUUGCCCACCAUACCAAAUCCUGGUCUUCAUGGUCAGUGUUUACAUGGUGAUCUGUCAUGCAUUAAAUGAUGGUUGGUUGAAGUUUUGUGUCCUGUA